UCUGUGUUUGACAGCCUUGUUUCCCCUCAAAAAAGGGAAGUGAGUUUUGCUGAUGCAGCCUGUUUUUUUUAGCUCAGUAGUUGGAUGUGCAGCACACUAGAAGUGCACCAGAGAAGGAAUCAUGAACGCUACGGCUAAUCUUCAGGGAGACGAGGACACCGAGCUGGGCUUGAUGGGGGCCUGUGUGAUCCUGGCCAUGUGUUUUCUGGUGGGCACACCAGGGAACCUGCUGGUGGUGUGGACCAUCCUGAAGCACGUGAAACAGCGCUCACACACGGUGUUGCUCAUCCUUCAUCUGGCCGCAGCAGACCUUCUGGUGCUGAUCACUCUGCCGCUGUGGAUCUACUCACUGGCCCAGUCCUGGGUGUUUGGACAGGCCGCCUGUAAAGCCAUGGUCUACAUGAUCUAUUCCUGCAUGUACAGCAGCGUCUUCAUCAUCACCGUCAUGAGUGUGGAGCGAUUCCUGGCCGUCAGGUACCCAUUCAUCUCCAUCGGCUGGAGAAGAAAACAAGUACUAAACAAGGUGCUUCUAAUAAUAUGGAUUGUUUCAUUUCUCCUGAGCAUUCCCAUAAUUUUAACUCACAAUCUGGGGGACAUUGACGGUCAUGAUCAAUGCAUAUUCAGGGAAUACGAGUCUGACAGCCAAGAGGCUGUUUUGCUCAUUUUAGAAACUCUUAUAGGUUUCAUCGUCCCCUUUUUUACUUUGCUGGUCUGUUAUGGCUGCCUCUUCAGUCGCAUAGUGCAGAUGAACUUUAAGUCCAAGCGUAAAUCCACAGUUCUGAUCUGUGGCGUGGUGGUGAUGUUCGCUCUGUGCUGGAUCCCUCAUCACAUAGGCAACAUUCUUUCCCUUGUUUCACUGGGAAUCAAGCAAUCAAACCCUGAGCUGGCGCAAAGUUUGGAGGACAUCUGCACCACAAUGACCAUUAUAGCAGGAGCCCUGGUGUUCGUCAGUAGCUCGGUCAAUCCGGUGCUCUAUGUGUUUGCCGCACGAACCUUCCGCAGCUCGCUCCGGGAAACAGGGAUACAGAAGCUGUUCCAGCAUCUGUCCAGCGCUGUGUCAGGGGAAGGGAAUAAAGAGUUAUCAUUUGUGUCCAAAAGACAAAGUUCUCACACCACCACCAACUCACAGUGUCUCACAGACUCGAAAAGUCAAGAUGUGGCAGUGGAAUCAUGCGUCAGUACUCCAGACUGACCCUAUCAGGUGUUUUACACCCAGGACUGAACAAUAUUAGGCAUUUUAACUAUUGUUUCUCAAGGAGUGCAUGAAGCUUUUAAAUGUAGGAAUUAUAUUCAAAUGUACACGUUUAAAUCAAGUCAAAUAUUGCUUGUGUCGUAAUUUUUGUGUUCUGAGUAUAUUGUAAUACUCGCUGAGAUGUUUUACUUAACCACAUAUUCUACAAUUACUUUGACUUUGGUUAUAAAACUUCAUUGCAUUUAUAUAUAUGACACUUCUGUCUGACAUAGGUCAGAUUCCCAUGGUAUCUUAUGCAAGCAGAUUGUCCACAGCCGCAGCUGCAGUACACCAUGAUUUCAACAUCUUCUUUUUCCUCAAAUUGCACCGUGUUUUUGUAACUCUUGUAAUGGUGUGAAAGAGGAAGUGGGCAUUAGAAGGAACAGAGAUUUGUCUGGAAGAAGAUUCUCUCUGUUACACUGAGACUUUCUCUUUUACUCUUAUAUCUUGUGUAUGCUUAAAUCAGAAGAAACUCACCCGGGUUUUUUCUUCUUUUACGAAAUCUUUAGUUUGUUCCUUUCAGUGACUGAAUUGAUAGAACUAUUAAAAGGCAAAGUAUUGCCUAUAUAUGUGAGCAUUGAGAUGACAUGCACAUGCCUUGACCUGUGGUUUUACUUCUCUCUCUUUAAAGAUCAUUUUCAUGACUGAACGGAUCAGCUGAGCAUUGCUCAAGAUGAAACCAGAGAACAAAAGAUGCUUAACUUCUUGAGUCUCACAAGAAAUAUUCACCUGAGUUUGGCACUCAAUGGAAACUGAAUGGAGAGCAGACCAACAGUCUCUCUCUGGAAUAAAAUCUUCAGCUGCACCUAGCUUUAUAGCAGAUAUGCCAAAAGUACGGCCCGCGGGCCAAAGUUGUCCCAUUGUAACCUUUGAUUUGGCCCACCAUCCAAUCUGAGAAGAGUGUGAGUAUGAUGGAGAGGGUUGGGCAGAAUGCCUUUUGUCAUUUCUAAUUUGACAAAACCUUUUUUGUUUGUUUGUUUUGUUGCUGAGAUACAAAAAAGCAAACUGACAUUAAAUGUUUCAAUUAAAUGUUGUAAAUGAAUGAGUUUUUAAAAUGUAUAUACUGUCACUCAGAUAGAGGACAUUGCAGAAGACAUCAGUGAGCAAAUCAAGGCAAA